AGGUACAUUAUUUUCGGUUGUGCUAGUAACUCUGCUUGGAGACGACAGUGGAUAUCGUUCCACAAUGUCUGCUCGUGGUGUUCAGACAAAGAGAGUGCUUGAAGCCUUGCAAAAUAGCGUUGAGGCCAAAAGUUUGUUCGGUGAAGCGGCAGGAGCAGGGUGGACAGGUCACACACAUUUCGAGCCCAACCCAGGGGCAGACGUCGGGGUUGCGACGAGCAACUUUCCUGGUGACUACGUGGGAACCUAUGGGGGAUACACAACGGACUACACAAAUGACUUGGAGAGGCGAAUGACGAUGCACAGGGGCUCAAUUGUGGAUGCCCAACUCAACCCUGAUAGCGCUGAUCCCAAGGUGAAGGGAUACCUUGACGAAGCCAACAAGAAAUUGGACAUGCCGGGAAUUCUCAGCUUUCCCUGAGCUUUGAACAACUUCACCUUGAAUACCAAAUUAAUGCAUCCGAGCAAUGCUAAAAUAAGCUAGCUUUUUCCGCGGU